AUGGGGUUAUUGCAUUAUUUUUUGGGCCUUGAAGUCCACCAAACCGAGGAUGGAAUAUUUCUUUUACAAAGGAAAUAUGGCAGAGACCUUCUCAAUAAAUUUGGCAUGCUCAAUUGCAAGCCUGCGGCUACACCAAUGAUUAUAAAUGAAAAAUUGCAGCAGGUGAAUGAAGAAGAGUUAGCAGAUGCAAGGAGGUUCAGAAGCUUGGUUGGAGGUCUAAUAUAUUUGACGCACACUAGACCUAAUAUUGCAUUUUCUGUUGGUGCUGUUUCAAGGUUUAUGCAGCAACCUUCAAAGGUACAUUAUGGAGCAGCAAAGAGAAUCUUACGGUACAUUGCUGGAACUUUGGACUAUGGCAUUUGGUACUCAAAUACCAAUAAUUUCAGAUUGUGUGGGUACACAGAUAGCGAUUAUGAAAGUUCAUUGGAUGACAGACGAAGUGUUUCAGCAAACGUUUUCACUCUAGGCUCAGGUGCGGUGACUUGGAGGUCAAAGAAGCAAGCUACAACUACAUUGUCAGCCUCAGAAGCUGAGUAUAUUGCAGCAACUUCAACAGCUUGUCAAGCUGUCUAG